AGCCUUCAACGCACACCCACAGCUUUUUCUGGAGCUCUUCCUUACCUCCUCUGGGUAUAUAAGCAAAUGCAGACAACUCCUGGAAAGGAGCAGCAAGUCGUUUCCAACAAAGAUAAACAAUUCUGCACUGCUCAGGUGAUUCCUACACGCAACAUUUUUCGAGUUAAAAAGGAGUUUUGUGAACCUGAACCAUCACCACCAUGUCUGAUACCAGUGCCACCCCAACCUCUCCCCCUGCCCCCACGCCAACUCCCUCUAAGGGGAACAGGCGCGGCCGGAAAGCAGGCCCUGCUGACAACUCUAACUCAGAGUUUGCCAACUUUCCUGAAGUAGAGUAUUUUAUUGCACCUGGACCAAGAGGAUACCCACCCCUGACAGAGUUUCUGGACAUCUGGGAUGUGGAUAUGAUAAGAAGAAUUGAUGAGAGCAACAAGUUAGAGCACCACACCGAGCUCUACAACUCGGAAAAUCUCAUUGUGCGCAGAGGACAGGAGUUUCAAAUCAAGCUGACCUUCAAUCGCCCCUACAAACCAGAUGAAGACAAGUUUGCAGUGGAGUUUACCAUUGGCUCGAGCCCGCAGUUCAGCAAGGGCACCUACAUCCCUGUCUUCUUCACAAAGGAGCGUCAGAGUUCAUGGGCAGGUCGCGCCAUUGCAAACUCAGACAACAUCGUCACUGUAGGCAUCACUCCUGCAACAAACUGCAUUGUGGGGAAGUACAACUUAUACGUCGCUGUGGUCACGCCUUAUGGCGUCCGCAGGACACGACCAGACAAAAGCCGAGAGAUGUACAUCCUCUUUAACCCCUGGGCUAAAGAUGAUGCUGUGUUCCUGGAUGAUGAGAUGGAGAGGCAGGAGUGUGUGAUGAAUGAGAUGGGGAUUAUCUAUCAUGGUGCUUACAACGACGUUGCUGAAAGAAGCUGGAACUAUGGACAAUUCAACUAUGGAGUCCUAGAUGCUUGUCUCUUCAUCUUGGAUCAUUCAGAAAUGCCCAUCAUCAACAGAGGAGAUCCCGUUAAAGUAACCAGACAAGCUUCCGCCAUGAUGAAUUCUCAAGAUGACAAUGGUGUGUUGGUUGGGGAUUGGAGCGGUGACUACAUCUAUGGAGUGUCACCCACUUCCUGGACCGGCAGUACGGACAUCCUGAUCAGCUAUGCCAGAAGCAAAGCACCCGUCCGCUAUGCUCAGUGCUGGGUCUACGCCGGCGUCUUCAACACAUUCCUGCGCUGUCUUGGCAUCCCGUCUCGUGUUGUGACCAACUUCUUCUCUGCACACGACAAUGAUGGAAAUCUGAAGACUGACAUCAUCUUAGACGAGAAUGGCAAAAUUGACAAAAACCGCACCAGGGACUCUGUAUGGAAUUACCAUUGCUGGAAUGAGUGCUACAUGUCUAGGCCUGACCUCCCCCAGGGCUAUGGCGGCUGGCAGAUUGUGGAUGCAACUCCACAGGAGACCAGCGAUGGUAUGUACAGAUGUGGACCAGCAUCAGUCCAUGCAAUCAAACACGGAGAGAUAUGCUUUCCCUAUGAUGCAGCCUUUGUGUUUGCUGAGGUUAACAGCGAUGUGGUAUUUUAUUCCCGAAGGAGAGAUGGGACUUUGGAUCUUGUCAAAGUUAAUCGCACUCACAUAGGUCGCAUGGUUUUGACAAAAGCUCCAGGCGAGGAGACUCGCCGUGACAUCACCAGUCAAUACAAGUUUCCUGAGGGCAGCGCAGAGGAGAGGACUGUCCUGGAAAAGGCAGAAGAGUACGGCUGCAAACGCGUAAAGGACAACCCAUCUCUGGCUGACGUGGACCUGACUCUCCCAACUCUGGAGAUCAGUGUCGGCGAUGACUUUGAGUUAGAUCUGGAGUUUGUAAACCAUACUAAGGAGAAGCGAACAGUGGCGGCUUACAUCAGUGGGAGCGUAGUUUACUAUACUGGUGUUUCCGGCCAUGAGUUCCUGUUCAGAACCCCCACUGUUCAAAUUGGGCCACAAAAAAGUGUCAAAGAACUGGUGCAGAUUGAGUCAAAAAAGUACAUGCAGCACCUGGUGGAACAGUGCAACCUCAACUUUAUUGUAACAGGGAAGAUCAAAGAGACGGGAAAGAUUGUCACUGCAACCAAACUUGUUACUCUACACAACCCCAAACUCACCGUGGAGGUGUCUGGAAACGCCAAAGUGAAUGAAGAGAUGAUGGUGACUGUGGAGUUCACCAACCCCUUCAGCUUCAGCCUUGAAGACGUGAACGUUCGCAUGGAAGGACCGGGGGUCAUGUUGCCGAGGCGCAAAACUUUCAGUUUGAUCCUUGGAGGCUCCCAUCUUACCUGGACUGAGCUGUUUAGCCCCCAAAGGCCCGGCAAAACCAGGAUAAUUGCCACUCUGGACUGUCCUUCUCUGCGGCAGGUUGACGGCCAGGUGUCCCUAACUGUCGAACCCUGAGCAACACAGCUAGAUGGGUUUAUGCUAGCAGCAAUCUGCUUCCACCUUACUGUAUUACCCUUUCAGUAGAUUUUUAUCCUUAAGCUAGGAAGUGACCCUUUAACACCGGAGCUUCUUGUCGAUGCAAAAACAACAUUGGUGCAAAAAUCAGAGUAAGGCCGACAUGAAAAGGUGCUUUUUUCUGCGUCAGAAUCAGCUGAUUCCCACUGAUUGCAUAGACGGCUGAAGCGUUAAGAUAGGUCAAAGAAUGUGUGUUAUUUAGAUGUUGCCGGUGUUAAAGGGUUAAGAUUUAGAAUGUGGUAGUUUCAAAAUAGAAAAAAAAGUUUACCUUUUGGUUAUUAUUACUUUGAUUUUUGAAGAUUCUUGUAGAUUUCUUGCUGACCUGCAGAUGGGUAACAACAUUUUACACAAAAUUCAACAAGCAUCUCAUUUCAGUCAAAGUGAUUUGUUGCAGCUUUCAUAUAUGAAUUUGUAAAACCCAGCUUUCAUAAUCAAUGCUGCCAUACUAUUCUAAUGAUGAGAACUGUAAGUUUAUGUAUUUUCAUAUAUAUUCUGGUAUGUUGUUGCAUGUUUUCAAAGUGAAAGUUCUUGCUAAAAUAUAGACUGAAUGUAUUCUGCAAUAAAUCCUUUUUUAUAUCUUC